AUGAUUCUGCUUUGUGCCGUCGUUUUCGUCAUAUUGAUCACAACAGCAACCGCUUCUAUAAGUCCCAAUAUUCCUGUCGAUGCUCGAUGGAUGCAAAAUGGAACGACUGUUGCUGGAGGCAACGGACCAGGCAAUGCCAGCGAUCAAGUCUGGUUCCCUAAUGGUCUCUUCGUUGAUGGUGAUCGAACGAUGAUCAUCGGUGAGUGGGAAAAUCAUCGUGUCACUCUAUGGAAGAUGGGUGAUACGAAUGGAGAAGUAGUGGCUGGUGGCCAUGGUCCAGGAAAUCAAUCGGAUCAAUUUUACUUUCCAACCGAUGUAUUAAUCGAUAUAGACGGUGAUAGUUUUAUUAUUUGUGAUGUAGGAAAUCAACGCGUCGUGCAGUGGUCUCGUCGUAGUGGCACAACUCAGGGAGAAAUACUCGUCAACAACAUCAAUUGUUAUGGAUUGGCCGUGGAUGAUCAGAAAUAUCUCUACGUAUCUGAUUACGUGAAACAUGAAGUAAGACGCUAUGAAAAAGGAGAUAAGGAUGGAACUAUCGUAGCCGGUGGUAAUGGUGCUGGUACUAAUCUCAAUCAAUUCAACGCUCCAGGCUACAUCUUUGUAGAUCGGCAACAGACUGUCUACGUGUCAGACUACCGCAAUCAUCGUGUAAUGAAAUGGAAUAAAGGUGCAAGCGAAGGAAGAGUCGUCGCUGGGGGUAACGGUCAAGGAAGCAAUCUGACACAAUUGUCGUAUCCUAACGGACUCUCUAUCGAUACAUUGGGUACUGUCUAUGUGGUAGAUUCAAGGAAUAAUCGAGUGAUGCGUUGGCCUACAUACGCAAAACAGGGCACUAUCAUAGCGGGCGGAAAUGGUCAAGGAUCAGAAGCAAGUCAGUUCUACAAUCCCGAAGGUUUAUCUUUCGAUCGACAAGGCAAUCUGUAUGUCGCCGAUGUGCGCAAUAAUCGUAUUCAAAGUUUCUCUAUAGAAUAG